AUGGUGCCGUCGUCUGCGGUGAGUAAGGACUGCGGCGGAACGGGGGAAGACCAGCACCGGCUGCGGGCGAUGGCGGCGAGGACGGCGACGGACUCGCUCAGGGCGGCCGCGGCAAGGUCCGGCUCGGCGGAGAAGGCGGCCAGGCUCGAGGAGUGCGCAAGGAGCCUCGAGGUCGAGAAGGCCAAGAUGGAGGUCUUCCGCCGCGAGCUCCCCAUCAGCGUCCACCUCAUCGCCGACGGUACGUCCAUCCGUCCAUCCCUUCUCGCAGCAUCCGUGUUCUACUUGUACCUGUGGCUGAAAGAUGAGUUGGCCCAGCACCGGAAGAGGCCUGCGCCGGACCAGCUGCUCGCCACGGCGCCGUCACUGUCACCGCCGGCGAAGAGGAAGGCGGAGGGCGUCAAGACGGAGGCGGACGGCACCGACAAGAGGAGCUGGAUGAGCUCCGCGCAGCUCUGGACCUGCGGGAGCCACAGCUGCGCAAGCACCAGCACCAGCAAUGGCGGCAGUGACAGGAAACAGCCCCAAAAGGUGUCCAGUGCAUUCAUGCAACUGAAUGGCAUGCCAGUCUUUGCAAAAUCAUCGGAGAGACCAGAGGCGGCCACCAUGGCAGUCCCGGACCUGUCUCUGACAUCCCCUGUGAUCGAUGUGCCGGGCCCGGCCGCCCCGAGCGCCAACAGCAGCGCCGUCACAGACGCCGGAGAGCAGCGGCGGCAGCAGUCGCGCAAGGCCAGGAGGUGCUGGUCGCCCGAGCUGCACCGCCGAUUCGUUGCCGCGCUCCAGCGCCUCGGCGGCCCGCAUGUUGCCACUCCGAAGCAGAUCAGGGACAUGAUGAAGGUGGACGGGCUCACGAAUGAUGAGGUGAAGAGCCAUCUGCAGAAAUACAGGCUACACACGCGGCGAACAUCCAACAGCGAUCGGCAGCAGCAGUCCGCAGGCGUCUGGCCACCGCCGGAGCAGUACACCACGUCACAGCACAGCACGUCGCAGUCGGGCUCGCCCCAGGGGCCCCUGCGUCUGAUGACAACCGGGUCCAGCCGCGACGUGUCGGCGACCGCCGGAGACAGCUGCGACGGCGGCGAGGAGGAGGAGGAGGACGGCAAGUCAGCGAGCUACAGCUGGGAGAUGCAGCAGACUGGCACGAAGGCGUCGUCGUCGUCUUGA